CAUUAACUUAACACUCGAAAGGUACCUAGGAAAUACACAAUACAAGGACCAAUACAAGUUAAAAUGAAAGUUAAGUGAAAAUGAAAAAAAAAAUCCAACAAUUUUAACGUUUUCCAUAAUGUAUUUUGCAUUUCAUUGGAGGACAAGCGACAUAGAAAAUGGUUGGACGGAUGGAUGGAUGGUGCUGCAAUGCUGCCUCGGUCCACUAGAGGGAGCCAAAGAAGCCCAGAGCCAAGAGGGAGGCUGACAACAUUGCAGCGGCCUGGCAGGCACCAAUGAAUGCCUGUGGCUGAACGCAGUGCAUUAUGGGAAAAUGUUAAAAUAGCUGUUUUUUAUUGGUACUUUCCUAGGUACCUUUUGCGUAUUAAGUUGCUGUGUGAUGAGUUUAGUGUUCUUUGUAAGACGACACUGUCAGUCAAACUCUUAUAUUGAGUAAUGACCUCCUGCGAUUUCCAAUGGUUUGACAAGCUCGUCGUGAGUUCACUGAUGGCUUGUGAUUGGCUCCUGCCAAAGAAAAUUAAAUUAAAUGCAGGGAAUAAUAUGUAGAUGAGCUGGAGAACGUAUUGAGCUAUUCAAUAUUUUUGUGUGGACUGUCCAGUCAUUUUAAUUUUUGUUAAAAAAACGGUUGUAAGAUUUUUCCUGCCACAAGAGAACGUUGUUCUCAUUGUCACAUUAAAUUUAGCUUUUAUUACGUUUAAUUGUAACAAGUGCCAUGUAACAGAUGAUAUACCUCAUUUACAUUGCUCACAAGCUGUGCCUCUCUUUCGUGGAUGGGAGUUCAGGGAUAUUCAGAUGGCCAUUAUUGGUUAAAUGAACAUGUCACAUAUUACUGUCAUCACUUUGGCAGUUGUGUCACUUUUAUCAAGUUUGGGUUCCCGUGUGGAUUUGCAGCAGUGCACCAUAUGCUGCAAAUAUAGGCAAGUCUAUUUUAGGGGCACCAAGGACAAAUUAAUUUGUCUAAAGCUACCAAAUGAAGACUGCGAUAUAGAGCCCCUGCCUGCAUCAAGAUGUCACCACUGCCCAACGAUUUGUCUCAUGUGGAGGUGCUCCAGCUGCAACACCAAAUCAUUAAAUCAAUCUAAUCAUCUAAUCUGCUGUUGAGCACUGCUCCACUGCAUAUGUCUCUUCAUUUUGUCUCUCUCUUUCUUCAGUGCUGGCCACUCUGCUCUCUAUGUCAAAACCAGUGCCUAUGGAGAGAGACAAAUAUAGAAGCUGGUGUAUUUUAGAGCUAAUCAAGACCUAAGCGAGGCUGUGUAUAGGCAUUAUGGAGCAGCAACAUCAAAGAAUACACAGAAACCAACAGGUGGAGGCUAAAUGACUCUUUCAUCGCAAUGACUCCAGGAUCACGUUAUUCCCUCAUGGGAGGGAACUUACACAUUUCCCAUCUGAGUAAAGCAGACGACGCUGGCAUUUUUCAGUGUCUGGCAUCAAACUCGUUUGGCACCAUCGUCAGCAGAGAGGCCAGUCUCCACAUUGCCUACCUCGAGAAUUUCAAGACUCAAAGAAGAAAUCCAGUGAGGGUUCGUGAAGGUCAAGGAGUUGUCUUACUAUGUGGUACACCCCUUCACUCUGGAGAGCUUACCUUCACGUGGAUCUUCAACGAGUACCCAUCACUAGUCAUCCAGGACACACGCCGAUUUGUGUCCCAGAAGACAGGCAACCUUUACAUUGCCAAAGUGGAAUCCUCCGACGUGGGCAACUACACUUGUGUAGUUACCAAUACAGUCACCAAAAGCAGUGUUCAAGGGCCUCCCACACCCCUAGUGCUUCGAGCAGAUGGUGUGAUGGGUGAAUAUGAGCCGAAGAUUGAGGUGCAGUUCCCCGAAGUUGUCCCUGUCGCCAAGAGCUCAACUGUCAAGCUGGAAUGUUUUGCACUUGGAAACCCAGUGCCAACCAUCAGUUGGAGAAGAGUUGAUGGGGCCUCUUCUGGAAGAAAGGUGUAUAUCAAUAAAGCCAACGGAGUGUUAGAGAUCCCUUACUUUCAGCAGGAGGAUGCAGGGAUGUAUGAAUGUUUGGCUGAAAACAGCAGAGGAAAAAACUCUGUCAAAGGAAAGCUGUCAUUCUAUGCUGCACCUCAUUUGACUGAGAGGCCUCCGGAUGCUCAGAAGACUAUUGAUGACACUCUGGUGUGGGAGUGCAAAGCCAGCGGCAAGCCCAAACCCUCCUACCGUUGGCUGAAGAAUGGUGAGCCUCUGGACCCAAUGGAAGACAGAAUUCAGGUGAAUAAUGGAGCAUUGACCAUCAGUAGCUUAAAUCUGGCUGACAUCGGGAUGUACCAGUGUGUGGCAGAGAACAAGCAUGGUAGAGUCUUCACCAACACUGAGCUUCGAGUCAUAGCCAUCGCUCCUGAUUUCUCCCAGAAUUUGUUGAAGACCCAGACUCUUGCUCGACAGAGUGGUGAUGUUCUAAUCGAAUGCAAGCCCAGAAUGUCUCCCUGGGGUGUGAUUUCGUGGAGGAAAGGAAAGGAAGCCUUAAGAGAGAGCCACAGAGUUACUGUGUUGGAUAAUGGAAGCCUUCGUAUUUCCAAUGUUUCAAAAUCGGAUGAUGGUCUCUACACAUGCGUUGCCAGAAACCAGUUUGGUGUAGCGAGCAGCGGCGGCAGCCUUUUGGUGAAAGAGUCGACUGUGAUCACCAGCCCAGCUGGUCAUCUGGAUGUGACUGUGGGGGAGAGCAUAGUGCUGCCAUGCCAAGUGUAUCAUGACCCCACACUGGACCUCAAGUUCACCUGGUUCUUCAACGAGCAGCUCAUCCACUUUGGUAGCACUGGGGCUUAUUUUGAAAGAGUAGGUGGGCGCUCUGCCGGUGAUAUAAUGAUCAGAAAUAUUCAGCUAAGGCAUACUGGAAAAUAUACAUGUGCUGUUCAGACGAAGGUGGACAGUGUGUCUAUUGCCACUGAUGUGGUGGUUCGAGGUUCUCCGGGCCCCCCUGUGGACUGUCAAGUGACAGAGAUGACAGAGACCACUGCAUUUUUGACAUGGGGACUUGGGAUGGAAAACCACAGUCCUAUUCUCAGCUAUACCAUCCAGGCCAGGUCGCCCUUCUCUCUCGGCUGGCAGGCAGUUACCACCGUUCCUGAGCUGCUUGGGGGGAAACAGCUGUCAGCCACUGUUACAGACUUAAGCCCCUGGGUGGAGUACGAGUUCAGAGUACUGGCAACCAACAGCAUUGGAACAGGAGAGCCCAGCAAAGCCUCCAGAAAGGCCCGCACCAAGGCCAUGCUUCCAAGGGUGACUCCGGCUAGAGUGAAUGGUGGUGGUGGAGGACGCUCAGAACUGGUCAUCACUUGGGAGCCUGUUCCAGAGGAGCUGCAGAGCGGCCCCGGUUUUGGCUAUGUGGUGGCCUUCCGCCCACUUGGCACACAGGGCUGGAUGCAGGCUGCUGUCACAUCCCCUGAUGCCUCCAGAUACGUGUUUAAGAACGAGAGCAUCCCUCCUUAUUCCCCUUACCAAAUCAAAGUUGGGGUAUACAACAACAAUGGCGAGGGGCAUUUUAGUCCAGUGGCUACCAUCUACUCAGCAGAGGAAGAGCCCAGCAGAGCACCAGGGAGGCUGAGAGCAAAAAGUAUAUCAGCGUCGGAGGUGGAGGUCACCUGGAAGCCACUGGCCUGGAGCAACAACCGCAGACGCAUUCUGGGCUAUGAGUUGCAGCACUGGAGGGUGAAGGAGAAACAGGAAGCAGCCAGCGUGAUUAGGACGGCGGGUAAUAAGACAUCAGUACUCAUCAGGGAUCUCGAGAGCAGCAGUACCUAUUUGAUGUCCCUGCGGGCCUAUAACAGUGCCGGAGUAGGACCGCCGAGCAGCAUAGUCAAUGUCACCACCAAAAAACCUCCGCCCAGUCAAGCCCCCGUUAAAAUCAUGUGGAACACUUCCAACUCCAAAGUCAUGCUGCGGUGGGAUCAAGUACACGCUCUGGAGAAUGAGUCUGAAGUUACAGGUUAUAAGGUGAUGUACAGCCAGGACAAACACAGCCAUCCUAGCGUGGUGGAGACCAACAGCACAUCCUUAGAGUUGUCUCUGCCCGUCCACGAGGAUUACAUCAUCCAGAUCAAACCUUUCAGUGAAGGCGGGGAAGGCAUCAGCAGCCGGCAGAUUACAAUCCCCAAGUUAGCAGGUUGGAUAGUCCCUGAGACUGAAACAUGUAAACAGAACCACGUCCUGCUUCACAUGGAAUCAUUUCAUUGGAAAAAUGUGAAUUUACUUUUACUGUAAAGUACGACGUAAAGUUAGCUUCAUAGUGACUUCAUUAAAAAAUGACAGAGACAAUUUUUUAAACAAAACUUGACAAGAGAGAUGUUUCAGAGCAGAGAUGGCCAUGAUAAUCAGGAAGAAUAUCAAAUAUGAAUUGAGCAACAUUACAUCUGCGCAGACCUUGUUCUGCUCAAUACAACACUGGAAUCAAAGCAAGAGUUCGGAACAUUUAGAGUGAUUCACCCAUCCCAUUAAAAAUAAAUGAUACUUUAUAUAUUCACUCAAUGUGAAUUGUCCCUACUGUAAUUGAAGGAAAUGUGGUAAAAAGUCCAGCCUUAUUACAGACAGAAGAAGAAAGUUAUGUUUUUUUUUUCCUUCAGUAAUGUUAAGUUUGUUAUGUUUUUUGCUACGCUUAUAAUUGGCGUGAGUCAGGUGACACACUAGAGCCAUCUAGUGGCGAGUGGGAGUGUUGUAUCAAUAUUGUGCCUUUUCAGAUAUGAUGAUGCUCAGUGGCAGGCAGUGCAUUUUGUACCUGGGCCUUCAGUGGGGACUUAAGUGACCCAAUCCACCUCGUAAUACCACCGCUAACAUGUCACAAUUAUACAAACCCUCAGUGAUAUACAAAGAUGCAAUAUAACAAUGCGUGGCAUUACAGAAUCAUUGGGGAUGAAUAUCAUUAUUACGAAAGCAACAAACCAGUUAACCAUACAUACCAUACAUUAUGCAUUGUGCCUAAAAAACUCCAAACCUCACCAUCUGGAGCAGUUCACAAUCAAUAUUUAUCUAAAACAUGACAAGAAUAUACAAAAUGAAAUCAAAUACUGUACAUUGCACUCACUCGUCACGACUGGUCUGGAAGACCACACUCACAUAGAACGAUUAACAACUCAGUGUCUGUCUCCUUCCCUCAUGUUGGAACAGGAGCAAUUGCACUGUUCAUGUGAUGAUGCAUUCAAGGACGCUGGUACCUUUGAGUCUUAUGGAAUAGACUUUCAGGCCUCAACUAAUCAGAGGACAGAACAAUGUCGACAUCGCUGUGGGCCCUGUGAGGUCACAGCUCCUGUGAGUUGAAUCUGGCAACACACAUAAUCUGAAAUAUAAUUGGAAAAAAAAAAUCUAACGUACACAUACAUACUGGAAGCAGUGUAACCACGACACACGCUACAAAAUGAAUAUACCGUAAAUUGAGCACACCUGAAUGAGCCACACACAACAACUUUAAAGAGGAGAAAAAACAUACAUAGGCUAACAUAGACCACACUUAUCUGUAAGCUCCAAGUGUAACACAGGAUAUUUGCACAGAAAGACACACGGCAAACCUUGCAAACCUACCUACACUCGAUGUUCCCAGCAUCACUUCUUAGCUCCCAUGAGUGAGACAUGAGAUGCUUUUUUUGUCCAUCGGAGUUCAGCAGCUGCCACGGUCCAAGCAGAAGCUGUAGUAAUUCUACACUUGAUCCAGCUUGCUUAUAGUCCGGAACUUACGGUAAUAAGACUGUUGGGAAUAAAUCAAUACAUAUUAAUGAUACAUAAUAAUUUCAUGGAAUAGAUACAAUUUAAAUUGUAGGUCUGUGUUUCUGUUAGUGCUUAGGCCAUCAGAGAAGGCUUUGAUGGCCCUGACGGCACACCACUGAUUUUUGACAUAGUUUGAAUUAUAAAUUGCUAAUUUUAGUUUGUGUUUUGUAGCACUGCGCAAGUGUCUUUAUUUAACUAAUUGUUAAAAUAUUCUAAACAGUAUGAUGCAGUAAUUCUACCACAACAAUAAACAUAAUGCUAGAGUGAUAGAUUCCUUUCUGACAGUUUUAAGUCAAACUGAGUAUUGUUAUCAUUGUAAAGGCAACAUAUUCGAUACAGUUCUUGUAGUGGAUCUCAUAAAAUUGUGCAGGCAUUACACAUUUGUGCUUUUCAGGCUCCAUCGCCAUGGGAGCAGCCCCCGUGUCUUCCUCUCUCCCCCUGGCCAGCCUCAUUGCUCUCAUCCUCAUGGCCAGGACAGCACUAUGACAAACGUCGGCAAGAAUCCGGCACCGCAGGCUUGCAUCAAGAGAAGAAUCAGCCAGUCAAAGACAAGAGGCAGGGAGCCUCAUCUUCACUUUCCCCUGCUUCUUUUCCCCAACUGUGUCUUCUGUCCUUUUUUAUAGCUGCAAAGAUCAAAGGAUUUUUGUUAUUUGCCCACUCUGAUAUAUUGGAGGUGGUACUUGUGGACCUUUCCUGGAUGGAGACAAGAAGCACUUUUAUUGGAAAUACUGAAACAACUGAACUUUUAUUUCAGACUGACCACAUUUUUCCAAUUCAGACUUUGUUUUCUAAUCUUCUAUGAAACCUUUGCUGACAUUGCUUUGUGACCGACUACAAUUUGGGACCUCUGUGGCUUUACCUGGAUCUUAUUCAUGCUUUUAUCUUGUCAGGCCAUGAAACAGACUGGAACCAAAGUUUGAGACCCAUUAGCAUAAUAAGGCCAAACCUGUUGAUGGUGAGACUCCAUUGUGAAGAACGCUGAUGAUUCGGCAUCUUACCUUCCUUCCUCCUCCAUCAUCCUCCCUCCUCACCAAGUGCAUAAUGACGGCACGCUGAGAGGAGUGACCCACAUUGUUGUUUGUAAGAAAUCCUCAGGUCCCAAAUGAGCCUUAAGUCUUGUAAUUUGGUUCCAUGUUGUUAUGUUAAUUUAUAUUCCUGCGUAUUUUUUGUCGGCGUUUGUUCUUUACAGCAUAUUUUGGGGCAAUGUGGGCUCGAGCAACACGCCUUUCUCUCGUUUUUCAUAACGACUGUUGUAAUGGAGUGCUAGUAAAGAGUUACCAAGAAUGGAUUUAAUCAUUGCAAUGGAAAUGGUGAGCAGGAUGCUGUGAUGGUUCAACAAGCUUUCAAUAAACAUGAUGCCAUUUGUCCUCCUCAGUCCCAUUUUCUUUAAUACCAUAGAUGCCUUAUAUAUUUUACCCCCACCUCUUUCACAAAUUUACAAUAUUGGUGCAUUUUUUAAGUUCUUGGCCCUAUUUGUAGCAUUAACAGCAAAAAAGGUUGACAAUUAUAUUCAUUUGUAGUUCACAAACACAAAUAGCGUUG